AAAGAGAUUUUAUUUGCCAUUAUUGUCAGAAGCCGGGUCACAUUGAGAGAUUCUGCAGAAAGAAAAAGAGGGACAUGUCCAGGGAGAGAAAAGAUAAAAAUGAGAAUUCCGAGCAGAAGCCAGAAGAGAAGAACACUACAGCCUUGGCAUCUAGUGAUGAUGAUUUAUUUGUUAUCGGUGAUCAUGGACUAUUAAAUGUAGCCUGUGAUGACUGCACCUGGGUGAUUGAUUCUGGUGCAUCUUAUCAUAUUACUUCACACAGGGAGUACUUCUCAUCCUAUACUAGUGGUGACUUUGGCCACGUGAGGAUGGGAAAUGAUGGUUCGUCUAAGAUCAUCGGUAUGGGUGAUGUUUGUUUAGAGACUUCCACUGGUUGCAGGUUGGUGCUCAGGGAUGUGAGGCACGUCCCAGAUAUCAGAUUGAGUUUGAUUUCAGCUGGUUUGCUUGAUGAUGAAGGUUAUGCCAACAACUUUUGUGAUGGAAGAUGGAAACUUGGUUUGGGUGGUGAUUAGUGGAAGUUUGGGUGCCGUUGUUGAGCGGCCGUGGUUUUCUCCCCGAUUUGGGGUUUCCACGUAAAUCGUGUGUUCUUUAUUUUAUUUCCGUUGCUAUCUAUUUGUGGUGGUGGUGCUGAUUUUUGGAGUAUAUUGUGCUUUGUUGUUCAUCUC